ACCGUGCAGGGCUGGAGCUGGGAGGAAGCCCAGAGCCCGGAGAGCACCGUGGGUUUGUUCAGAGAAGGGCAGGGAACUGAGAUUAAAAAAAGCCCUGCUAAGAUCAGAAACUCUGGCGCGCACAGUGCCCCAUUGUUGAGCUGUCACACUUCCCUUUACUUUAUUGCUUUUGUCCAACACCCUAUUGUUCCACUUCCUUUUGUCCCCUAUUCAGAGCCCUGGCUUUUCAUUACCCAGCCGGCCUUGUUGUUUUCGUUUCUUUUGUUUGAAGUUCCUGAGAGGAAGGUUUUAUUUUCAGCAGUUUGAUUAAUUCGCAGCUUGAGCCGGGCUUUGUUUGUUGUGUCACCGCUGCCCCAAUGGUGCAACCCGGUCCUGUCCUGGGGGCCCCCGGAUGGUGGGGUGCAGGCAGGACCCCCUGAUGGGUGCAGGGCUGGGGGGUCCCUGCUGGAGGGUGCACACCGUGGCCCCUGUGCCCUUCAUCCCGGUAUAAAUCCCAUCCCUGAUGGUCUCCUUCCCCCAUUAUUCCUCCCUGAAAGGUGAGGAGGGGGCAUUUGGUGCUGUUGUUGCUGUGCAUUGUGAGGGCUGGUGGUCCGGGGUGGGGGGGAAAUCCCUGCUGGGAGUUUGCAGUGGAUGCAGUGGGAUCCCAGCUUGUCCCAUUUGGGGGGACACACACAAACUGUGCCGAGCUGGGGCUGUGUGGGGGACGUGGCUGUGGCACAUUGCUUAGGGCACAUCCCAUGGGAAAAAAAACUGGUUCUGGUCAUGCUUGGUGUCCCACUGGAUGCCCUUAGGACAUUUCUGAACCUCAUGGUGUUGAUCAUGGAGAGCCCUUAGGGCACCCAGAGCUAUGCUUCACCACCAGCACAGGGCAAGGCUGGGCAAAGCGGUGCCCUUGGUGUGUGGGGGGGAGGAAAGACCCCCAUCUCUCUGCUAACAGCCCCGCUGUUCUGCAGGAUGUCCAUGAGGAGCCCCGUUUCUCCCCACCUGGAGCUCGAUGGGGCGGGCAGCAUGGUGAACUGCAGCAUCAAGACGGAGGAGAAGAAGGAGAGUGGCUACGAGAGCCCACCAGGGGCUGCUCCCAGCACUGAGCCCCAUCCCAACGACCCCCCGGGACCACCAGCAAGAGAGGGCACGGACCCCCAGGCAUUGCCACAGGAGUCCUGCUCACCCGCUGGUGAUGCGUUGGAGCCGCGGUGCUCAGCCUUCGAGCCAGCUGUUGGCAGCCAGGAGAAGCUGGACUUCAACAGAAACUUAAAAGAGGUGAUGCCAACCAUUGAGAAAUUACUCUCCAGUGACUGGAAGGAGAGGCUGCUGGGCCGAAACGCUGCUGAGACCAAAGAAGUGAAGGGAACCCAGGAGAGCCUGGCAGAGAAAGAGCUCCAGCUGCUCGUCAUGAUCAACCAGCUGUCCACGUUGCGGGAUCAGCUCCUGACAGCCCACUCGGAGCAAAAGAACAUGGCUGCAAUGCUCUUUGAGAAGCAGCAGCAGCAGAUGGAGCUGGCGCGGCAGCAGCAGGAACAGAUUGCGAAGCAGCAGCAGCAGCUCAUCCAGCAGCAGCACAAAAUCAACCUGCUGCAGCAACAGAUCCAGCAGGUCAACAUGCCCUACGUCAUGAUCCCUGCCUUCACCCCCAGCCAUCAGCCCCUUCCCGUGACUCAGGACCCCCAGAUAGCUCUGCCCAUCCAGCCCAUCCCCUGCAAGCCAGUGGAUUACCCCGUGCAGCUGCUGCACAGCCCUCCUCCUCCCACGCUAAAGAGACCCAGCGGCUCUGGCCACCUCCAGAUGCAGGAGACCUCGCAGCCGCUGAACUUGACGGCCAAACCCAAAGGCUCCGAGCUCCCCAGUGCCUCCAGCUCACCCAGUUUGAAGAUGAGCAGCUGCCAGUCCCUCACACCGAGCCAUGGGGCUGUGCGAGACCUGCAGAACAGCCCGUCCAACCUGCCCUUGGGAUUCUUGGGCGAGGGCGAUGCCAUCACCAAAGCCAUCCAGGAUGCACGGCAGCUGCUGCACGGCCACAGCGGUGCCAUGGAGGGAGCGCUGAGCCACCCUUACCGCAAGGACCACGUUGGCAUCGAUGCUUCCCCUGUGAAGGAGCGGAUGGAGGAGGCACCCACACACCGCCUGGAUGAGUCUCUGCUGAGCUGUGAGAUGGAUGGAACGCGGCAUUUCCCCGAGUCCAGGAACAACAACCACAUCAAACGGCCCAUGAACGCCUUCAUGGUGUGGGCGAAAGAUGAGAGGAGGAAGAUUUUGCAGGCGUUCCCAGAUAUGCACAACUCCAGCAUCAGCAAGAUCCUGGGUUCCCGCUGGAAGUCGAUGACAAACCAGGAGAAGCAGCCCUACUACGAGGAACAAGCCCGGCUGAGCCGGCAGCACUUGGAAAAAUAUCCCGACUAUAAGUACAAACCCCGACCCAAACGCACGUGCAUCGUGGAGGGGAAACGGCUGCGCGUGGGGGAGUACAAAGCGCUGAUGAGGAACCGGCGGCAGGAUGCCCGGCAGGGCUAUUUGAUAGGUCCCCAAGGCAGCCAGCUGCCCCCCGGCUCCUCGGAUGUGCUGUACCCUCGGCCGGUGGGCAUGCAGCUGCCGUCCCCGCUGAUGGAGCAUUACCUGCCCCGUGGUGUGGACCCCAGCAUGCCCGUCAUCGUCAGCGCUCGUAGCCUGAAGGAAGGUGACGGCGGAGGGGACGAUGGGCACUCGGUGGCGGAUGGUGAGAUGUAUCGCUACAGCGAGGAGGAGGACUCGGAGGGAGAGGAGAAGAGCGAUGGAGAGCUGGUGGUGCUGACAGACUGAAGGGACGGGCGGGGGGCAGCGGGGCUGGCUGGCACCAGGCGCCGGUGGCCCCCGAUGCGGUGCAGGCAAAGAGCCAGCAGCUGCAAGGAUGAGAUGAGCAGCGGUGGGUGAUGGUGGGGGUUUGGGUACAGCCGUUGCAGCUGUAGGGAAUGGGGCUCCGCAACAUGGCUGAGAGCUGAUGGCUCAGGAACCCCGCAGCCCCCAGUAAGGACCUGAGCAGAAUGGGACACGGGAAACCUCCAGCCCUCUAUUCCCUAUCUGUGCCACCUACCAACGCCUGGCCACGAGGUCACCCAUAAGCUCUGCUCAGCGCAGCCCUCCCCACCCUACAGCAGUUCCCCGUUCCAGCCUGCCAGUGAAUUCCCAUGGAGCCUUUUUUAGCUCUUGCCUGACCCGAGUGCGAGCUGAGGGCACUGAGGAGCCCUUUAUGCUCCCGACGCUCUGUCCCACUUUGUAAAUAAAGCGGGUGCUGUUCCCUGGCUGUGCCCCAGCCCUCGGGCAGCUCCGGUGCACAGCACUGCUCUGGGUCCACGCAUCCCCAGGUGCCUCCUUUGCACCGCAGCUCUGCGAGCGCAGGCUUCACCCCAUGCAUCAUGGAAACAGCAGAAAGGGGGGGAAGGGAGGGGUGGGGGGGAGAGGAAAAAAUAGCAGCGAUUUAAAGGGAAAAAAAAAAAAGACAAAAACAAUAAUACCUGGCUCUGCUCAGCACCCGUGCACCCAGCGCAGGGUUUGCAUGCGGGUGCAGCACUGGCUGUGCAUGCAGCACUGGGAGCAGCACGGAGCUCCUGCACCGCCGUGUGGCAGCAGCCAGGCACAGCCCUGCUGCGUGCAUCACACCUCUGCUAGGGGCUGCAGCAGCACUGCUGCUCCCUCGCACUCCAGGGCCACAGCAGCCGGUGGGGGUCCUUUCUUUUUACCCACCCCCUUCUCCCUUCCCCUUUUCUCAGUGCUUUAUUUAUUCCCCCCAUGGCACAGCUCAGGCUGGGGGCUGGAUGCGGCCGCGCGCACCGAAGGGGCAGCUCUUCCUCUCUCUCUCUCUUUUUUUUUUUUUUUAAAGACUGUAAAUAUAGAUAGAGCUUUAUUUUGUUAAUAAGACGAGUAACUUAACCUGUAUAUUUCACAUACUUGUUUACAAACUGCCCUCCCCACCCCUUGGCACAAUAAAGAUGAUGUUUUGGA